UUGACACAUGCAGUUAUAUAAUGCAGCAUGUGCUUAAGACAUGUUUGAAUCUUUUGGUGACAUGUUGCAUAAAAAUAAAAUAUUUAAAAUGGAAGCACAUUAACUCCAUCCUUGUUUUCAGUUCUUUUCUAGUUUGAAAUAAUGGUUAUUUAAUGUUCUACCUCAGUCUAACUUAAAUUAGAGGGAUUAAUUUAAUUAAUAAUUUAUUAAUUAAUUCUGUAGACUGCCCAGGGCUACACUUUUAAAGAUUAUAGCUCUAAAUAGUGAAAUAAAAUGGAAUAUUAAUAGUUAAUCUUAUUACAAGUAAAGCAUUUUGUAAUUUAUUGGUAACAUUAUAUUUAGGUUUUUAUUUUGCAAGGUCAGGUUAUAAGAAUAGAUGGGCAAACAAAAUGCUUAAUUUUUUUUAUUUUAUUUUUUUUAUUAUGCAUUGUUACACACACUGGUUACAAUACUUAUACAGCUAUGCUACUUACAAGAGUAAUAGAUAUACUUACAUUAUUUAUAAUACUUCGUAUUCAAUGUAAUUUACAAUGCUGUACAUACAUUACUUACAAUACAAUACAAUCACUUACGCUACUAAAAAUACAAAUGCUUACACUACUUACAAUACAAUACGAUAUCUCAAGUUGCUUAACAAUACUAAUUAGCAUUACUUACGCUACGAUUACUAAGGUCACUUGGAAUAAAAUUCAAUUACUAAUGCUACUUGAAACUUUUACACCUUGACAAAAAGCAUAUUUCCAUUAUUGCAUUAUACAGGCCAAGCUAUAUUGAGGGGGAAAAUUGCAAAAUCAAGUCAGUGAGCAAUGCUCGAUUUUCCAUUGCAUUUGGAGUUUGGUUUGAAGUUCAGAAAUAUUGGGGUUCUCAGAAAAAAUCUUACAGGAAUAGACAUAGUGUUUCAUGAGAAGCAAGAGAAGAUCCAGUCUGUGCUUUUGGAUGGAGGUCAACAAAGCUAUUUCAUCAGUCAAGUUGAAUAAAAUCUGUUCAGCAGAAGGACUCACAUUUAAUUUGUGUAUAUUGUUAAACCACUUUAUAGUACUUGAAAAUACUGAAAUAGAGACAUCACACUCUAGAAAUGUAUGCAUUAUAGAAUCUCUCCUACAUGUAGAAGAGAAUUGCAAUGGUCAUUGGUUGCAAUAUUAAAUUUCUCAAGAAAUUUAAUAUUGAAAAUGCUUCAUUCAUCAGAAAUCAAAUAGCUGGCUGGGUUGGGGAGUUGGGGUGGGGUGGGGGCUGCACAGGACACUGUUUACCAGGUUGGCGGUUUGUCUAAUAUUUUGCCCUCUUUAUGUUGUGCUCAAUCCUUUCACUGGGAUACAUGUCACUUCCUUUAACACAGUAAGCAAGCUACUGAAAGGGGUUUCAGUAAAGUUUUCACCAAGAGGGCAACUGGUUUUCACGGGUCGGCAAAACGUUUUGAACUGAAAAUCUUUAUAAGAAAAACUUUCCUCUAGAUGGUCAAACAACGUGGGCAACGAAAAUCAUUCUCACAGACGGUCAAUUUGCCUCAUUAUGACAGGUAUAUAAUAAAAUCAGAUUCUUUUUUUUAAUUGGAUAAUACAAAACAAGACAGUGCAAGGUACAAUUAAUAACUGACAAAUCAAGUUUUCUCUCUUUCAGGAUGAAAGCUGUCUACAUCAGGGCCUGACUCAUUUACAGGAUGACAUAAGAGCUACUGCACUGUCAGUGAUUAGUUUUACACCCAAAACUGCAGAGCUCUUGUCAUUGAUGGAACUAAAACUUCUGAAGGAAUUCCUGCCUCACAACUUAAACACAGCCUGUGCUCCAUUCAGACAAACACUCUUUGUCUCUAUGAAGAAAAUCCUUGGCAGAGUCAGGGACGGCAGCUUAAUCCUGUUGAAGGAACACUUUCAACUUGCUAACCAAAGAAAAAAGGACUGUGCUCUACCUGACACAGUGUACAUGAUGUUUGAGUUUGUUACUUGGCUAUUCGAUCUGGUAGUGGCAUGCUUCUUUCCAGGAGCCUCCUAUCAAAGACAGAAGACUGCAAUGCACCUUUUAGGGGCCAUCUUCGAUGUAUUUUCACUAAAAUGGCAGCCAGACAAGAAGAAGGGUCAGCCACCAGGUAUGUAUGUGGUGCUUGGGUAGUGCAUGUCUGUUUGCACAGAUAUGUAUGGCACAACGGAGUUUCUGUGCUUUCUAUCUUGUCUUCAGUUGAAGUUAAAUGACAAGAUGAGGAAAACAUAAGAACACUGUAAGAAUGUUUAGCCAAUCAGGGAAGAUCUAACUCUGACUGGAAUUCAGGGCACAUUUCCUCAUUAAAGUUAAUGCGCAUGCUUGCCAGGAAUCACAUCAAAAUGUUUGCAGGCAUCAUUAUUUGCUCAAUGGACAAAAGAUAUUGCUAGCAGAACAAAGACAAGUGAUAGCGUUCUUCUUUCAAAAUAUAAAAUCUUGAGUCUUUGUACAUUUCAUAGCAUGAUAAAUAAUGUAUAGUUUAAGUUUAUGGCAUCCAUAAACUGAUGUUAAUGAGACCUGAGAGACAAUAUCUCAA